UGGUCCAUGUCUUGCUCUGACCUCACAAGGAGUCAUUGUGAGGAAUGACUGACACCUGUGCAUAUAACACACUGCCUAGGCCUGGGUUUUGUCCUUCUAGUACAGAGAGCUGUUGGGUAGUGAGUGAUCUGUGGGACUUGGAUGGUGGUGACAGUUUUGGACCUGGAUAUCGGUGAAGUUUUGGACUCGGAUGCUGGUGACUUGUUUUACUUGACAGAUUGGUGUUGGUACGAGCCUUUAUAUCAACAAAGAGGAAGAAGUGGGAAAUGGCUCAAGGCAACACCCUACAGUACAACUCCUCUGACGAAGAGGCUCUAACAGAGCACUAUGAAAUCCUAAAGACCCUUGGUCGGGGAGCAUUUGGAGAAGUAAAAUUGGCUAGCCAUCUACUCACCCAGACAAGGGUAGCAGUAAAAGUUCUUCCAAAAGGCACAAAGAAUAGCCUCAUCAAAUCAGAAAUUGAAAUAAUGAAAUCUCUAGACCAUCCCAAUAUCAUUCAACUUCUGCACAUAAUCGACACCACAAAUACCACGUACAUAGUGAUGGACUAUGCCAUAGGCGGAGAGCUGAUGGACAGGAUUGUGGAGUUUGGCUACCUACAGGAGGAGGAGUCCCGUAAGGUAUUUAAACAGAUGGUAUGUGCCCUUCAGUAUUGUCACAUGAAAGGGAUUGUUCACAGGGAUCUAAAGCCUGAAAAUAUUUUAGUGGACGGCAAAGGAAAUAUAAAACUCAGUGAUUUUGGACUGAGCACCAAGCUUACCCUGGGGCAGAAGCUAGCACAUUUCUGUGGGACCGUUCCUUAUUGUGCCCCAGAAGUCUUUAAAGGUGGAGGCUACGAUGGCCGAGCAACCGACAUCUGGAGUUUGGGGGUUGUACUCUACUUUAUGUCUACAGGGUGCCUCCCUUUCAAGGGAACUGCCUUUGUAGGAAUAAAGGAGCAGAUCUUGGUGGGAAAGUACUCUGUUGAAUUCAAGCUGUCGCCAGAGCUUUGGGAUCUUAUUGCUAAGUUGUUAACUAUAAAUCCUGGAGAAAGACCAACAAUAGAUGAUGUUGUGGGCUUUCAAUGGCUGAAGCAUGGCAAUGAAGGUUCUCCCAAUCCCUUUAGAGAGAACGAUGAGGACAGCUACCCAGACCCCACUGUGAUGGCCAUCAUGGGUGUCAUGGGUUAUAAGCAAGGACAGAUCCUGGAAGCUUUACACGAGAAGAAGUUUGAUCAAGUGAUGGCCACCUACUUGAUUCUUAGGCAGCAGUCACCCUGGGAAGACAUUACAAAAGAUCUUCAGCCCAAGCAGUCUGCUGGAACCUUGAACCUUACAGGCCCUCCCACAACACCUAAAGUGACUAUCAAGAGGGGAUCUAGUGUCUCUAUCCUUUCCACUUCUUCCAGUUUGCACACUCUAACUGAGAGUCCCGAGAAUGACAAAAAGGGGAGAACGAGGUACAGUAGGCCUCCCACCCUGAACUGCCCUGACAAGAAAACAGCCCCCAUUCACAGAAUCUGCCCCCAGUGUGUGCAUGAGGCUAAUUUCACGAACAGCACCUCGGGGGAUUCAGAGAGCACUAUUAACACCUCUGAUGAAAUAUGUACCAUAGUGUCUUGCCCCCAGUGUGUACAUGAGGCUAAUUUCUCGAACAGCACCUCGGGGGAUUCAGAGAGCACUGUUAACACCUCCGAUGAAAUAUGUACCACAGUGUCCUGCCCCCAGUGUGUACAUGAGGCUAAUUUCCCGAACAGCACCUCGGGGGAUUCAGAGAGCACUAUUAACACCUCCGAUGAAAUAUGUACCACAGUGUCCUGCCCCCAGUGUGUACAUGAGGCUAAUUUCACGAACAGCACCUCGGGGGAUUCAGAGAGCACUAUUAACACCUCCGAUGAAAUAUGUACCACAGUGUCCUGCCCCCAGUGUGUACAUGAGGCUAAUAUCCCGAACAGCACCUCGGGGGAUUCAGAGAGCACUGUUAACACCUCCGAUGAAAUAUGUACCACAGUGUCCUGCCCCCAGUGUGUACAUGAGGCUAAUUUCACGAACAGCACCUCGGGGGAUUCAGAGAGCACUGUUAACACCUCCGAUGAAAUAUGUACCACAGUGUCCUGCCCCCAGUGUGUACAUGAGGCUAAUUUCACGAACAGCACCUCGGGGGAUUCAGAGAGCACUAUUAACACCUCCGAUGAAAUAUGUACCACAGUGUCCUGCCCCCAGUGUGUACAUGAGGCUAAUUUCACGAACAGCACCUCGGGGGAUUCAGAGAGCACUGUUAACACCUCCGAUGAAAUAUGUACCACAGUGUCCUGCCCCCAGUGUGUACAUGAGGCUAAUUUCACGAACAGCACCUCGGGGGAUUCAGAGAGCACUAUUAACACCUCCGAUGAAAUAUGUACCACAGUGUCCUGCCCCCAGUGUGUACAUGAGGCUAAUUUCACGAACAGCACCUCGGGGGAUUCAGAGAGCACUGUUAUCACUUCCGAUGAAAUAUGUACCACAGUGUCUUCAGCACUGGAAACUUAUUCCAGUAAGUUAUCCUGGAAUGUGUCCGAAGCUGGCCCUAACAAAUCAAAGAGCAAGGCGUCCUCACAGGAUGUUUUAUCUCAUCACACCACUAUGGAGGAAGUUCAGUGCAGAGACGUCAACAUACAAGGUGAAAUUAUCGGUUCAUCUCUCCCACAAACCUCACCUCAGGAGGACCUCAGAGGACAGCCCCACAGCAUGUCUACUGCUGGUCAGAGAGAUGAAAGGAGCAGCUCAUCUCUCCUACAAACUGCACCUCAGGAGGACCUCAGAGGACAGCCCCUCAGUGUUGCUACAGCUGCUUCAAAGAACAACAUGACCUCACAAGAUAGAUCAACUCCAUUCUCCAGCAAGGGGGCCCAGGAUGAGGGUCCGAUUGUACAAGAAAAAGACCUCAGCCCAUCCUCCCCAGAAAUACCUCAGGGACACCUCAGUGGCCGGUGCCAGACUGCACCCAGAGCCCCCUUUAGAAAGCGGAUUUGGAAGAGCCUACGGAGAAGGAUUAUAAAAGGCCUGAGAAGUUUAUGCUGCUGCAUACCAACAGAAAAGAGGGAGCGCCUAGGCUGCAACAAAAUCCUGCCUGUGACCUUAGAGGACCAUGGAGGGAGCCAAGGUAACAGUGCUGUUGGAGGCACUGUGCUCCCCCAAAGCUGAAACCAGAGAGUGAAGAGCAGCAUGCUGAGGAUGCACAGGGCCGCUGGAGAGAGCCAGCUACCUGUCGCCAGGUGUACCAUGAGCCAUUAGAAGAGAGAGCGGCACCGGAAGCAGAGGAGGACCCCAGAGGGCCUGCCCAGUUUGUAUGUGUUCAAGAUGAGUAUUGCUGACCAGGUUGGAGCCAGACACAGAGGAGGAACGAGUUUGCAGGGAGUGUCCAUCUUGUGCUCAUUUGGGAAGGUAGAGUGUGUGGGAACAGGUGAGUCCAUUAGUUAUGGUGCAGCUCUCAGCACCAUCCUGAACUACUAGACAGCUUGCUUCCCAUCCCCACCAGAUCCAGACACCUUCAUAACUCACCCCAGCACUAUUACUGCUGAACUGCUUGUUGCUUUGCAACCUGAGUCAUAUGGAUGCACUCUUCUCUACUCUGUAUCUGGACAGACAGGGACACACACACACACACACACACACACACACACACACACACACACACACACACACACACGUUUCUCCCAAUGUACUUCGUGCACAGUUGACACUAAUGAAGUUCGCUUGAACUGGAGAGGACUCCCAUUCCAAGAAAGGUAAUUUCAUAUUUCAUGUGAUUUCCCUUCUGGAAAUGUCUCAAAAUUCCUCUAACUCAGCUUGUUCCUGUCUCCACCCCUAAUGCAAUCACUUACCACCCUGCUCUACUGCUUCGCAGGAGCCACGUGAAGCCAACACAUGGCAUGGUGCACAUUUUCCCCCAGGGCAUCCGGUCCUGUGCAAGGGAAGGCCCACCAGCUGUGCUUUGAGUGGAAGCAAGGGGAAGUCUGGAGUGUUUGACAGUUGGAUUCAGAGAUGGAGCUGGUUCCAAGCGUGAUCCUGGAUAGAAUCUGUUGAUGGAAAAACAAUGGCAACCCCCGGCCUGACAGUGGACAUGGCUGGUGCUGAAGCUUUGUGUCUCCAGGCAGCAGGCUGGGAAAGACUUUUGCUGCCUGUAUGACCCUAUGCUGGGGCUACCAAGGAGACUCCUGGGACUACACUCAGCAAGGGACAUUUUCAACUGGAUGGUGCUUAGAGCAGGAGAUGCCACUCAAGCCCUAACACACUGGAUGGAAGGGGGAACACACAGGUCUCCUUGAUGGAAGAGGCUUCUGAUUGACAGAGAAUUUGGGCCAGAGGCUUACAAGCAGAUGGACUAAGAGCAACAAAAGAAAAUGUCUACUGAUCCAGGUGAAGAUCAGCCAUCGAGGAUAUGCUCAGAGAGCUGGGCAUAAGAUUGCUCUGCAGAAGUGUUACCAAGAAAGACAGGCACCAGACAAAAAGAUAUACGGCACAAAUAUCUGAAUAAAGAGAUUGUUUUCUUGCUACAAUAAA